CUCUAUGUAAUCCUCCAUGUACAAAUGGUGGUAGAUGUACCUCGUCUCACACUUGUGACUGUUCUUAUACUGGUUAUAGCGGAUCAACUUGCCAAACACCUGUCUGUCAUCCAUUAUGUAAGAACGGUGGAACUUGUGUAGCACCCAACACGUGUUCCUGCAGAGAAACAUACAAAGGAAAUAUUUGUGAAACCCCACUAUGUGCCCACCAUGAUCCCUGCUUCCCUGGAGAAUGCAGUAAUUUAGAAAAUUGUAAUUGCACAGCAGGCUUUACAGGACAAAAUGGACUCCAAAGAUGUAAAUCAUUUGACGCUGAUAAUACAGCAAUAAUAACCAAAUGUUCAGCGUUUCUUGCCAAUAUUGAGAGAACCGGAAAAAAACGCGAGAUGUAUCGAUUUAUGACGGACUCUUCUGAGCCUAAUUCUACGGAAGUCGACAUGCUUUGGCUGAGCCAGAAAGACUACAAUUAUAUCAAUGCCGACUUCAUGGCAAUUUACACUCCACCCGAUAUAACAUCCCAGCCGGAGUAUGUAGAGGAGUUUAAGUUUGGAAUCGUCGGUGGAUGGCUGCAGUUAGAUCUUACUAAAGUGGCUAGAAACUCAUCAAGCAAAGCAUUUGUCAGCUUAAAUAGCACGACUUAUCCAUGUCCUAAUCAGCCAGGAUCCUUAAAUCCAAACACAUCCGUAUAUACCUGCAACGUUACACACUUUAACUUUGACAGACUUCUGGAGGAUGGCGAUAAUUUAACAUUAACAGUUAUUGCCCAAAGUGGGGGAUAUCGAAAAUUGAAGACAUCCUCAACUACCUCAUUUAAAGACCCUUUUAUGGGCAGCAAUUCUAGCAAAUCAAUGAUGUAUCGCUUCGACUUUAGAAAACCAUAUCACUGUAUCUUGGAUACUAUACAUGUAUGUUCCUCAAAAGCUUUCACUGUAAACGAAGAUAUCACUAAGAACCCAAUUCAAUUCUCAUGGGAUGGCUGGGCCGAUGUACUUUCUGGAAUUGGAAAAUACACUAUACAGGAAUUCCUACUGCAACCAAACCAGAAUGUGAACCCAAAUUUGACAGAACCAGAUCCUUGGAGUCCUACGAAGACAAUCACAUUCGACAAAUCAGAAAGAACCUUUGCUUAUACCCCCAAACAGCCUGGGAUGUACUCCUAUAUAUUGAACAUCGUAGACAGAGCUAAUAACUCUGAAUAUGCACGGACCCUUGUCUUGUUCGACAACACGUCUUCAAUCACGAAAGACGAUGCUUUUCCAAUGAUUUCAACAAGUGCUGUGGAAGAGACAAAUUUUCAAUGGCAAAAUAAUUUGAAGAAUGAUAUAUCGAUAUCCUGGAAAGGACACUUUAGAAACGUAUUACAUGAAGACAAAAAAUUGUUGAUUCCUGUGACUGAUUAUAAACAUUACGAUCACGAUAAAAAGUUUCAAAAACGUGUUCUUCCUAAAUUAGACGACAAUGAUGGCAACAGAACAUUAAAGCCAAUAAGCAAUAUUCAUGGAAUUAUCAAAUUUGAAUACGAUUUUGGUAAUGCAAAUCAAGGAAGUCAGGAACCAGUAAGCUGGCGACCCAUUAAUGAUCUAACUGAAACUGUAACUUUCAAUAUUCCUAGGCGUGAUGGAGACACCUUAAACGUCUGGAUCAAAGCCACUGACGUAAUGGGAAAUCAAAAAUAUGACCUAAUGCAUGUUUACUUCGAUGAAACCCCACCAUCUCCUCUAAUACAUAAUGAUGUUUUAUUCAUACCAAAUCUGAAGAAUUCUACAUUUUCCUUUACAAGUCGCUUACUCGUAAAUACUCAAGAUAAAAAUAGUGGAAUACACAAAAUUGACUGGACAUUUUCGUCUAAUCAAACUGGAGACCUUUUCAAAUCUGGUUCUAUGCCUGGAAACAAAACAAACACAACCCUGAGAUUCACUGAGGGAUAUCAGAUACCUAUGGGAGACAAUUUCUACUACAGCCAUUACCUGGACAUAGACAACUGUUGGAUGGUGGUCCCAAAAGAAUCCUUUCGAAAUGAAUCGAUCAAAUUGAAUCUAAUUGUGUAUAAUAGAGCCAUGGAAUCCACAACUUUUAUGAAAAUGAUAUCGAACCUUGAAUCUUUGGAUGGGAUUGAUGAAUAUUCUGGACCGACAAAUCUCCACAUUGAGAAAACAUACGACAACGGUGUUCGUCUGAGGUGGACAGUCACGCCUAGCUGUUAUGAGAGGACCAGAAUUCUUGUCCUUGUUGUAUCAAAAGAUGGAAAAACUUAUACUCGUCUGGUUGAUAAGGACGCUGAUUAUUUUGAUCUCACGGGACUGGAUGCUGAAACAGUCUAUAACUUAUCCUUCGUCACGGCAUAUGCAGCUCAAAAAAGUGAUCCAGUUUAUUUAUCAUUCAAAACAACCGAAUCACCUGCUGCUUUGACUGCUGGAGGAAUCGCAGGAAUUUCAAUUGUGAUGAUUCUCUUACUUGGAAUCAUUGUUGUUGGUGUGAUUAUGUGGAGGACAGGCAGAUUAACAGUGGCUAAACAGAACAUACAAAGGAGAGUCACAGUGGUCAGAGAGAGGAUACAAAAUCGCUUUUCAGCUUCACAUUUUAAUAUGUCUUAUGAAGACCAGGAUGACAUUUACUUGUACGGAGGAAAGGAAAUCAGCACUUCGGACGAUUAUAUAAUCCCACACAGUUCUGUUAUUUUGGAAACCCUACUCACAAGCGGACGGUUUGCGGAUAUUUAUAAAAUCAGAUAUCAUCCUCAAAAUAGCACGUCCCGAGGGGAUAAGUAUGUGGCCAAAGUGCUGAAGAAUGGUUACACUGAGGAACAGGAGAUAAGCAUGCGCGCCAAGAUUAAUUUCUAUGCUACCAAAGUUGGAGAACAUUCCAAUAUUUUACGCUUUUAUGGAGCCGUUUUUGAUGACAUGGCCCUUGGUCCAUACAUGGUACUUGAAUACUGCGAAUUAGGUCAACUUAAUACAUGGCUGCAAGAGCAAAAAUCUAGAGCCAAUGAAGAAACUUCAGAACAGCUUUGUCGAAUUGUUUAUGGGAUUUCGAAAGGAAUGCUUCACUUUGAAAACAGAAAAUUGGUUCAUAGAAGACUUGCCGCCAGGAAUGUGCUUUUGACCAGUGAACUGGAGCCCAAAUUAUACGGAUUUUGUCCGCAGCAACAGACAUCAAAGGACGAUCACAAAGAUGAUGAUGGUGAUGUAAAAGAUGACAAAGAGCGUAUACCUAUUAAGUGGGCUGCUCCAGAGUGUCUGGUAUCCAUGAAAUAUGCAACACCCAAAAGCGAUGUGUGGUCAUUUGGUGUCGUUUUGUGGGAAAUCUUCAGCUUUGGUGAUGUUCCAUACCCCGGCGUAAGAAGCAGGGAUGUUCAGAUGCAUCUAAGAAAUGGAAAUAGAAUGAGUCGCCCUGAAUUUGCCAAUGACUUCUACUACAACUUGAUGAAACAGUGCUGGCAGAGGAAAGCAAAACAGCGGCCAUCUUUCAAUGACAUAACAGCAGAAAUUGGAAAAACCUUCAACACCGUUCCCUCUGAUGAUUUCUACUAUUACUCGCAAAAACAGUAAUGGUCAUGGGAAUCGAUUGGCUGGCUAUUAGACAAGACGCGACACAAAAACACCAAUAUUUUUAUUAUGUUAUAAUCUAACAUUGUUUCAUUUGUCAAUUUAUGUAUAUUAGAUAUAAUCAUUUUUAACAUUUUCUUAAGGAAGAAAAAAAGUUUAAUUUAAUUUUAAAGAUCUUAUUUUGGAAUCAAAAUGCUUUAGUGUUGUACAAUGUAACUGAUUUCUUUUAAAAUGUCAUCAAGUUCUAUCUACUUAUACAGGUAUUUAUUACAUAUGUUGUGAAAGAUAUUUUCUUAACA